AUGGCGCUCCGAUCUCGACCCCAGACAUUCGACAUACUCAUCAUCGGCUCAGGUCCAGCAGGGCUAAAUGCCGCGCUCACCUGUGCAAGAACACGCACCAAAGCUAUCGUAUUUGAUAACAAACAGUACCGCAAUGAAGGUGUCACGCACAUGCAUACUGUAGCCUCCCGCGACCACUUCAACCCCAGAGAGUUCGGCCGCAUAGCUCGUGAACAGAUCGAAUCUCGAUACGACAGCGUCUGGUUUCAAUAUGCUACGAUUACCCAUGCAUCGAAGAAACAAUUGUCGUUGCCAGAUGAGAAGGACUUAUAUGACGGCUUCGAAGUCAAGGACAGCGAAGGCCACUCGUACGAGGGCAAGAAGAUCAUCCUAGCUACCGGUUCGAAAGAUAUCCUUCCCGAUCUUCCAGGUUACAAGGAGAAUUGGCCAGCCCACAUAUACCAAUGUCUAGCUUGCGACGGCUUCGAACAACGCGGGAGCGCAGUCGGCAUCCUGGGUUUUGACCAUCCCUCGUACGCACAUAUGGUCCAAAUGGCAGUCCCUCUCGAGCCUACCUCCAUCACCAUAUUCAGCAACGGACCCAUCAAGAAGGAAGCGCCAGUACAAGACGCUUUGAAGCUCGCAAAAGCCUUUGGUGCAACGCUUGACGAGCGAAAGAUCGUUCGCCUAGUCAACAACGGCCCAAGCCACACAGACGGCGUGACGAUUCACUUCGAGGCCGGCGAACCGGCUACCCUCGGUUUCCUCGUUCAUAGGCCCGUUACGGUCAACCGCGCGCAGCAUCUCAUCGAGCAGCUCGGCAUCGAGACGGUGGACCCGGCAAUGGGCGGACAUAUCAAGAUCGCAAACGCAAUGUUCAACGAGACGAGCGUUAGAGGUGUGCUUGCUGGUGGCGAUACUAUGGUCAUGAUGAAGCAAGUUGUGAUAUCUAUGGCCGACGGACUCAAAGCAGCCGCGGGUGCGGGGAUGCAGAUUGCACAGGAGAAGGCUAAGACUUUGGCCAAGGCUUUUGAGGAGAGGGAGGAUAACGCACAGGAAUGA